AUGGAGCACGCGGACGUGGAGAUAGAGAGCAGUAGCAAUUCCCGGCAGGUGACCUCGGCAUCAGCGACCACAUACCCGUCGCCGUCCCCGCACCGACCACACCUCGCAGGAGGCAAGGAGGCCAAGUCGACGCGGGCGAACUCUGGGCAGCGAGACAGGAUUUCUCGGCGGCGAGGCCGCAAGGUGGAGGUGGAGGACUCGCUUAGCGAUAGCGACGAUAGUGAUAAGUUUGAAUGGGAAAGUGAUGGUGAGGCCAGUGGUGAGGCUGAACCCUCAUCCGCUCCGGCCUUGAGGAACUUGGAUGCUGCUGGCCCAUCAACACUGGAUUCUAAUGGGUGGGCCAAUGGGGAAGCACCGCCUACUUUUUUAAUCGAUGGAUAUGUGGGAAUGGGUUUCCCAAAGGAAAUGGUGGUCAAAGGAAUUAAGGAGAUUGGGCACAGUGAUGAAAAUGCUUUGGUCGAACUUCUACUCACUUAUAAGACACUAGGUGAUGACGCUGCAGUGGGUAAUUGCUCUACUUCUGGCUUCACCCCCCAUAGUAUUGAAGAUGACGACGAUCUUGAUUCUGAAUACUGGGAUGGAGAUGACGAUUCUGAUGGUAGAGAACCCAACUCUGAUGGUUCUAGUGAUGAGGAUUUUCUACAAGAGAUGUCAGAGAAAGACAAGAAGAUAAACUCUUUAGUAGACAUGGGCUAUCAUGAAGAUGAAGCAAAUAUGGCUAUUUCCAUAUGUGGUGUGGAUGCCCCUCUCUAUGUAUUAGUUGAUUCGGUAUGUGCAUCACAAGCUGCAGGAGAACAUGAGGUUACUGGUAGAUGCUCUGAUUCCUUCGGAGGGAGAAAGAAAGCAAGAUUGAUGGAAGAGAGCAAGAAAAAAAGGAAGCGUUCUGGAGAUGGAGCACAAGGAAGUCGAUCCCCCUUGGAUGAGGAAUCAAUGCCUCUCCCUAAACCAAUGGUUGGAUUCAACCUUCCUGGUGACAUGCUACGGACAGUGAGUAGGAGACUUCCCAAAGAAGCUACCGGGCCACCAUACUUCUACUUCGAAAAUGUGGCCAUAGCUCCAAAAGGCGCAUGGGCCAAAUUUUCUAGAUUUCUAUAUGACAUAGGUCCAGAGUUUCUGGAUUCUAAGUACAUUUGUGCAGCUGCUAGGAAAAGAGGCUACAUCCAUAAUUUGCCAAUUGAGGGCAGGGUAGAACUCCUCCAUCCCCCUCCGAAGACAAUAUUUGAGGCCUUCCCUCAUUACAAGAAGUGGUGGCCUUCCUGGGACAAUAGAAAGCAGCUCAACUGCUUACGGACAUCUGUGGCAAGUGCAAAGCUGGCAGGAAGGAUCCAGCGUGCUCUUGAAAGCUCAAGCAAUCCACCACGUCCAAGUGUUCAGAAAUAUGUCAUGAAGGAGUGCAAAAAAUAUAACCUUGUUUGGGUGGGAAAGAAUAAGGUUGCCCCGCUGGAGCCCGAUGAGAUUGAGUAUUUACUCGGUUUCCCCAGAGACCACACAAGGGGAGUCAGCAAGACAGAGAGGUAUAAAUCUCUGGGAAAUUCAUUCCAAGUGGAGUCCGUUGCUUGGCACUUGUCAGUGCUGAAGGACAUGUUUCCUAAUGGCAUAAAUGUACUGUCCUUAUUCACUGGCAUUGGAGGAGGAGAGGUUGCUCUGCAUAGGCUCGGGAUCCGCAUGAGAACAGUUAUUUCUGUUGAGAUAAGUGAAGUUAACAGGAGGAUUUUAAGGGGUUGGUGGGAUCAAACACAAACUGGCAGGCUGAUUGAGAUUGCCGAUGUGCAAUCUAUCACCGAUGAUAUGAUUUCUUCAUUCAUUGAUAGAUUUGGUGGCUUUGAUUUGGUGAUUGGGGGCAGCCCAUGUAACAAUCUUACAGGCAGCAACCGGUACAACCGUGAUGGCUUGGAGGGCAAGCACUCAUCUUUAUUCUUUGAUUACUUCAGGAUCUUGGGUGCUGUCAAGUCUGCUAUGAGGAGAAGGAUGUAG